UUAUUUGAAUACUGUAAUCAGUGAUAAAAUGAUAUAAAAACAAAAAAUAGCAUACAGUAUUUGUGUGAAGAGUCCUUAUUCGCACCUCUUCAUUUUAACGGUGUUGGGUUAUGUGACUCAACUAAAAUGGAAUGUGAAGGCAAAUUGGUGGGAAUGGAAAAAGAUGAAUACAAGAAGAACAAGUACUCAUACGUUUUAAAGUCCAAAAUCGGAGAGGGUUCUUUCUCCACAGUGUGGAUAGCUGAACAAACACCCACUCGUCAACAUGUUGCAAUCAAACAGGUGUUUCUCUCCAAACUCAACCCUCGCCUCAAAGCUUCUUUGGACUGCGAGAUCCAUUUUUUGUCCUCUGUUAACCAUCCCAAUAUUGUUCAUCUUCUUCACUUCUUCCAGGGUGAUGAUGAAUGUGUUUACUUGGUCCUGGAGUUUUGUCCUGGAGGGAAUCUCGCUUCUUAUAUUCGAUCUCAUGGAAGAAUUCAACAACUAACCGCUAGAAUGUUCAUGCAACAGCUUGGCUCUGCUCUAAAACUACUACACUCUCAUGGCAUCAUUCAUAGAGAUUUGAAACCCGAGAACAUUUUGCUAUCUAGCCAUGGGGAUGAUGCAGUGUUAAAGAUAGCUGAUUUUGGUCUCUCAAGAACCGCACGCCCAGGUGAGUAUGUUGAGACAGUUUGUGGAACUCCAUUAUACAUGGCUCCUGAAGUUCUUCAGUUCCAGAGAUAUAAUUACAAGGCAGACAUGUGGAGUCUUGGGGUUAUUCUUUUUGAGCUUCUAAAUGGUUAUCCACCUUUUAAUGGCAGAAAUAAUGUUCAGCUGUUGAAAAACAUCAGAUCAUGUACCUGUCUUCCAUUUUCUCCAUUGAUUAUUUCAGGAUUGGAUCCUGACUGUCUUGAUAUCUGUUCAAGACUACUAUGCUUGAAUCCAGUGGAACGCCUAUCUUUUGACGAAUUUUAUUUGCAUAGCUUUCUACAAGGAAAAUUGCUGGGACCUUGACAGCAAUCCCAGGAUUUUAGCAGCUUGGGAAUUGUUUCAUUACAUAUCUCUCUACGUGGGGAACUUUUUCUGCCAAUGACUGGUUGGUUGUGAGUAGUAGUAGUAACAGCAGCAGCAGCAAUAUAGGAAUGGCGUCGGUGCCAGCUACUAUUGAAUGGUGUCAGUUUUAGGCCAGCUACUAUUGAAUGGUGUCAGUUUUAGGCCCUUUUGAGCAGUAUGUAUAAAAUUAAGAUUUCAUGAAAGAUGGUUGUGUUGUUUCGACUAAUACGGAACCCUAGUUUUUUGACGGUGUAAUAUAAUUGCCAUUCACCCUAUUGUAUAUGUUUAUAGUUGGUAUCUAGUAUCUACCCUUUUUGUACAAACAGUUGCAGUUUAUCCGAUGUACUUUAUGUAUAUUUCACCGCUACUUUGUGCAUGGAAUGAUUUAUACAGAUUUACCAGUGCA